CUGUGGAAACAAAUCCGACUGUCAUGGAUUCUUAACGAUAACGGAUUAAAAAACAAAAUCGGCGCUUAAAUACGUAAAAAUUUUAUUUAAGGCAGCUACCGUCUGUUCGUCUUUAACGAUUUUCAUACGGAUUUACGGCGCACGUCGUGUCUGGCGAUACACUAACGUUAUAAACAACAAUAACAAUGGCUUCUGGGUCGCCGUCAUCCUCUCCGGACACUGCGACGGGCUCAGGUACAGACCCAGCCCGGCCCGACACAGGGGAGCCCCUCGGUGGAGCCGGCUCGGACUCGGACUCGGACCUGGGUUUGGGUAAGUUUGACUGCAGCGCCAUGGAGAUGGGGGACCGGCUGGAGGGAGAAGAGCUGGAGCGGGAGUUUGAGUCUGCAGCCGAUCGCGUCCGAGACCUGGUCCAGACGGCCAGCAGGGACCAACUGCUGUACCUGUACGCACGCUACAAACAGGCCAAGGUGGGAAAGUGCAAUACACAAAAGCCUGGCUUCUUUGACUUUGAAGGACAGAGAAAAUGGCAAGCCUGGAAGCAGCUUGGAGACAUGGACGCAGAACAGGCAAUGCAGGAGUACAUUUCCUGUGUCAAUGUGUUAGACCCUGAAGGCUGCACAAAGGAAAGACGGGGAGAAACGAGAAGAACAGGCUUUGGAGGAGCAGCAGUCAGCUCUCUAUACCAGGAAGAGAUGAUCAGGGAAGAGGAUAAGAACAUUUUUGACUACUGCAGAGAAAAUAACAUCGACCACAUCAGCAAGGCCAUCAUCUCCCAGAAAGUGGACGUCAACACUAAAGAUGAAGAGGGUCGGGCUCUCCUGCACUGGGCCUGUGACAGAGGACACAAGGAGCUGGUUUCUGUAUUACUUCAGCACAAAGCUGACAUCAACAGUCAGGAUAAUGAAGGACAGACAGCGCUACAUUAUGCAUCAGCGUGCGAGUUUGCCGAGAUUGUGGAGCUUCUGCUGAACGCCGGAGCUGACCCGUCCAUUAAAGACAUGGAGGGCUCUCUCCCUGAGGAGGUCACUGAAUCCAGUGCCAUCUCCUCUCUCCUGCGUCAGUACACAGCUCCGAAAGGCUAGAUCACCAACCUGCCGCCACCUGGUCCCUACUCCUUCCCUUGUCUCAUCCCUGUUUCUCUCAUACGCCCAUCCUCCUCAAUUCUCCUUCAUCCCCGAAGAGACUCUGUUCAUCCCCAGCAGUUAGUAGACCAGGAUUACAACAAUUUUAUUUGGUUUGAUUUCCAAAUACUUGAGGUGAGUUUGAUUUUGUUGGCUUAGCUCUUUGGAAGUUCAGGUUGUAAAUGUUAGCCCUUCCAUCUGAUGAGACAUAUGAAAUGAAGCACACCACAUGUAUUUUUGUUCAUCUAAAUACUGAAUAUUGACUUUACAUUCCCAGUAGGGAUGAGUGAUAUGACGGUUACUGUGAGCACUGCACUGAGGUAGUUAUACCUUUAAAUAUCUCUGGUUAUAUUCCAUUACUGUAGGCCAUGUUGAAAAUCCAUAAGCAGGACUGCUUAUUGGUAAUACUGGAAUGAUGUGAUGAAAUAUCUGGAUUUGUCAGGUAUUUACAUCACCGGAAGAACAAAAAAAAAGACAUUUCCAUUCACUUAUUUUACCCGUUAACAGUAUAAAUUUGAGAAAAUUCAUGUCAAAGCGAUAUGAAAUGGCAUACUGUGAUAGCAUACUUUAUACAUAUCACCCACUCCUACUGCCCAGGUCUGACAAUCAGCCAGGCCUUUUAGUCUGGGUCAGCCCUCUCUGACCGUUUGUUCAUGAUUCAGUUGUUACAUUCAAGGAAUGCUUUAAUCAUUUGUCAUUUAUCUCAUUAAAGUCUUCAACAAAAACUUUC